AUCCUAGAGAUCGGGUCAGGCCCUGGAAUGAAUUUCAAGUACUAUCCAGUAGGAACCAUCCUCACAUGUCUUGAACCAAAUCAUCAUCAUGAAAAGUACCUUCGAGAAAACCUGUCGAAGAUCAAUCGAAAAAUUAAACUGAAGGAAUUUGUUUGUGGUUGUGCAGAAGACUUAAGUCGGUUUAAAGACGGGCAGUUUGAUGCUGUGGUUGAAACUUUGGUUUUAUGUUCUGUUACAAGUACAGAAAUUGUGCUACAAGAGAUUAAAAGAGUCUUAAAGCCGGGUGGCACGUUUUACUUCAUAGAUCACGUAGCUGAU